AUAUAUCAUUGUUUAUUCCAUUUGAUAAUACUUCUAAUUUUAUAGACUUAUGAUCACUUGUAAAGAUUUUUUGAAAAUGGCUUUUUCUUGUAAUCGAUACAGAUUAAUUGUUGUAAUAUUGUUGUCAUUAAUAAUGUGGCAGCUGUUUAGUAUGUUUCCGGGGAAUUCUGGGCGAGAUGAGAAACUGUCUCAGUCUGGAAUAGUGGAACUGGAGGAUGACAAGUUUAACAUACAUAAACAGGACAAGGUGAAAGUGCGGGUGUACUAUGAGGCACUGUGUCCGGACUCCAGGCAUUUCUUCAUGAAACACCUCUGGCCCGUCACAGAAAAACUUUCAGAGUUCCUAGAUAUAGCACUAAUCCCUUAUGGAAAAGCAACUACCAAAGAGAAAGACGGAAAGUAUUAUUUCGACUGUCAACACGGUGAGACUGAGUGCUACGCGAACAAGAUCCAUGCUUGUUCUAUUGAGGCUAUAGGAAACAUGACAACAGCAGUGAAGUUUACAGAAUGUAUGAUUCUGGAUAACAGCGACCCAGAUGAAGCUCUCUCAAGGUGUGCAAAAGAGAUGAACGUAGACCCAGACCCCAUCAGCACGUGUUCAUCCAGCGAGCACGGAUCGGAUCUACUGAAGAAGUACGGAGACGACACGCAGAUCAUUAACCCAUACUUCAUUCCAACUAUAACUCUCAACGGGUCGAUGCCAAAAAAAACUUUGCCCGCGAUUCUCAAGAAUUUCCUUCUUGAGGUGUGCAAGCGGAUUGCCAUGCCGCUGCCGCCCCCUUGCUUGUGACGCACCCGACGAAGAAGAGUGAGGCAUCAGAUGCUAAAGUUAAAAACAUACAUGUGAAGCCGAAAACUAAGUAUUUUGAUCAUGGACAGUGUGACGUUUUCAGGAGAUCGUCAAUAUUAAUGACGUAUCAAAAGGUAAAACAGUAUCUUUACCGGUUGCUAAAUUCAUCAGAAUUUUGACCAUUGGGGUAGGGGUCGGUAAACUUUUUCGAAAAAGAGCCAAACACCUCAAAAAUUACCAAUAAUAUGUAGUUCAAAGAGCCACAAGUGUAGCGUUAUUUUUUUGUGUGGCUUAAAGAGCCGCAUAUGACUCGCGAGCCGCGGUUGGCCGAUCCCUGAGUUAGGGUAAACUAUCCAAUGGUUAGAAUUAACUUAUCCCAUCAGCAGCUAUUUGUAUAGCAACUGUCGCCUUAAAAUAAGGUUGAAGGUGCCGACCUUUAGGUGCUGACGGGUAGUUUAUCCUACCUUACUGCCAUUGACUAAGUGGUAAGUUUUGCGCGACAAUGAUAAAUCUUAAGGCUCAAGUAGACUAUUUAUACCUACAAGUAUUUAUUCCGAAGCAAUUUAUAUCUCAAAAGUAUUGAGCAUUUAUUUUAUCAGUUAUGCAUUGUUUAUUUAAUAGCUUGAAAUACAUUUAAAGCGUUUUACAUUGAGCAUGCAGUUUGUGUACUUACGAGAACUAUUGUGUUUUUUAUAACUGAAAUGUACCUAAAAAUGUCUUUUAAAUUUGUUUUGUGUUGAUGUAGUUGAGUUUUUCUCAAAACUUAAGUACCUAUUUCAUUAUGAAAUUGCUAAGAAAUAUUUCGACCAGAAAAUACCAAGAAAUAAUGAACACUCUGUACAUCGGUGCUUUUAUAGACUCACUACUAAUAUCUAUAUACAUUAAUUCAAACAUACACGAGUAAUUAAUAAAAACUUUCAAUCUGUAUAUAAUAUUAUGCGUUCCUCCGUUACAAAGGUUCCUUCUCCCAUAUAUUUUUAUAAGUAGGUACCUACCGCAAUACCUUUGUUUGUGUUACAGAAACAUAAUUUAGCAUAAUUGAUAUUGUAAGUCUUUAUUAUUUACUCGUCUGUUAUUAAAGUUAAUCAAAUGAUUAAUUAAUAAUUUAACGAGAGGAAGAUGUACAGUAAAUACACACUUUUACAAUGCAAUCAAGAAAAUUAAACUAGUAUAAUGGUGUGGUCACUUUUACAACACGCACAAUUAAUUAGACCUAUUUUUACACUUACGUUUUUGAACUAAAAAACGUAAUAAGUCUAUUGAAGUAUUAAUUGUUUAUAUACAUAUUCAACUUGAAGACUUUAGAUUAAUAAGUUGUACCAAAUAGUUGUUUUAGAGUCCCAUACAGUAUGUAAACUUACUAUAGGCAAAAAUGAAACUUGUCGAUAUCUAGGUAUGUACAUUACCAUUAGAAGUAAAAAGAUUGGACACUUAUCUUAAAACAUAUAUAGUUUAAGUCAUAUUGUAGUUCAUUAAGUCUUCCUGAUUAAAAAAAAAGAAAUACAUAAGCGCAUACUGCUUGGCAAUAACAACGUAAUUGGUGACCGUUGCCCAAGCACAAGCUAUUAGUCAAAACAGAAGCAUGUAAUUACAAUGUACAGUCACGGAAUUUGAAGGUUUGUCACUUUUAAGCCAUAAGUCCAUUACAUAGAAUCGAAAAGUGAUAAAACUUCUAAUUCCUGUAUGUAGUUCAUUCCAUCUCUACUAGUUUUUUGCCUUGCGUUCUGUCAGCUUAGUAGGUUACGUACUAUAUGCCUUAACUUUUAUAAGUAGGGUAAUUCGGGUCGCACGCACUUAAUUUUCUGAUCUCCAAGAAAUUUAUAAAAAAUCAGGUUGUCGUAUGGAUGAAACAUAAAACUCACAGGAAAUUUAAUGUCGUUCAAUUAUUUUAGUAGCUUUACGUUCAAUAUCAAGAAUUUAUCUAUUUAUAUGUGUUUCAAGUAUAAGUCACCAUGUCUGAACUCGUGCCCCGUCGAACGGGUAAAAGUACGCAUGUAGGGUAAUUGUUCGCAUCAAUAAAAUUUUAAUGCAAUGGCCUAUAAAAUAAAAGUUAUUAGUAUAAUGAAUAUUAGUCAAAUUGUCUGAUCAAUAUCCACUUACUAAUUUAAGAAUGUUAAAUAACUAUUAAGACUUUAAGGUAUUUUAUAGCGAUUGAUUAUUGCAAAACUUGACUUAAAUCAACUAUAAAGGUUAUAAUUAUACGUCAAUAAUUAUAACUAUACGCUUUAUUAUGUAAUUUCUGGGGUUCUUACUAUAUUCUGCAAUAUGAAAA